CACACCCCGAACACUUUAGCAUGGCCGAUCCACCUGGCCUUGCUCGUCUUAGGACUGUGGGAGGAAACCGGAGUAAACCCACGCAAAGAUAAGGGGAGAGUGACUGUGUUCAUCCAGAUUCACACUUUAUUAUCUUAAACCCACGCAGACACGGGGCGAAUGCAAACUCCACACAGACAUAAUGGGAACUGCAGAUGCUGGAGAAUCCAAGAUAACCAAGUGUGAAGCACCCGAGGUUGGAAAUUGAACCCGGGUCCCUGGUGCUGUGAGGCUGCAGUGCUAGCAACUGAGCCACCGUGCCGCCUGUUGACGUUUCGGUUUGAUUAUUAGAAUUUCAUUUUGACUUUAAUUGCACGGAAAGCAUUGUCACUGGACGUGAAACCCAUUGAACGACAGUUGUGUUCGUUCCGGGCAUUGCAGAAAAGCCGGGCAUGAGGAAGUGACGCAUUACCCCGUCCCCUCGCCCCGUGCAGUUGGAAUGGGAACCGGGCCCGGCCGGGCUCGAGCCAGCGCUCAACGGCCGUGAGUCAGAGCCGAGCGGCCCGGAGACACUGACUGUAACAUGAACAGGCAGGAGAUGGCGGACGAGGCUCUCUUCCAGCUCCUUCACACGGAGAUCGUUUCCUAUGUUUAUAAAUCGGCUGAGCAAGGCGAGAUGGAAAGUGGAAGAUGUGUCACCAAAUUGGAAAACAUGGGAUUCAGAGUGGGACAAGGACUAAUUGAAAGAUUUACUAAAGAUACUGCACGAUUCAAGGAUGAACUAGAUGUCAUGAAAUUCAUAUGUAAAGACUUUUGGACCAGUGUAUUUAAAAAACAGAUUGACAAUCUUCGGACUAAUCAUCAGGGUAUUUAUGUUCUCCAAGACAAUAAGUUCCGCCUCCUUACUCAGAUGUCUGCAGGGAAACAAUAUUUGGAACAUGCACCCAAGUAUUUGGCGUUUACUUGUGGAUUAGUUCGAGGUGCGUUAUCGAACUUGGGAAUUAAAAGUAUUGUGACAGUGGAAGUUACUGCAAUGCCUGCAUGUAAAUUCCAAGUAAUGAUACAAAAGAUGUAGAAGAAAUCUUCUCAAGCACUCAAGUAUUAGCUUUAAAAAUCUAGAUGAUUUAAAACAUUGAAAGUAUUAUGUAAUUUUUUGUGAAAUGACAUUAUAAUGAAUUUGUUUACAUAAAUGAUUGUCCAGCUCUGUCUAAGUUUUGUAACUUUUAAAUGGGAGUUUAGUGAUCACCAUAUUACCACUGCAUUGAUCAUACAGCAGAAUAAAAUUCAGUUCAGACUAGGUUAAUAAAUUGGACUCCUGAUGCAUAUUCCAAUUUGUUUUUAGAGAUGUAACUAGGUUGAUCUAUUUGUUUUACUUAGCAAUUCAUUUUAAAAAAAAGCUUAGUUAGUUUUACUUCAUCCAAUUAAAGUAAAAAUAAUCUGCUAGUGCAGAAUUUUAGAAUUGGAAUAAAUUUUUAAAAAUAUACAACCAUUUGCAGGAUUUCAGGGCAGAACAGUUUUAGGUGAAGAUCCUUGGUCAGUUUAGGUAAACUUUGAAUCAGCCUGUUCAGAUAUGUUAUGAUGCACCUCUGGAGAAGAUGGGACUUGAACCACCUGGCCCAACCUGAAGGUUGGAACACUACCAAGCCCCCCUCAAUCCAUAUUUGGGGUUAAGUCCCAUUCCAGGGAUGUGCUUUGAGGCCGACACACUUGUGCAGUACUGAUUGAAAUGCUGUUAUAGCAAAGAUGCUGUCUUUCAAAUGAGAAGGUAACAUAGGUGAGAUAGGAUUCCUCACUGAUUUUUUUUUCAAUUGCCUUUAAAUAAUGCUGCAUCCAUGUUUUCUCAGAUAAAGCCCCUCUUAAAGAAUUGGGCAAAUAUUUCUUCUGGAAUGGGAAGAUAAAUAGGAUAUUUAAACCUGUUAGUAUCGAAGUGCUAAGUUUUACUGCAUACUCGGCCUGUUGUGCUGGAAUAAAGAAGCUUAGGCUUACACAUCCAGAAUAUGCAGAUGUAAUAAUUUAAAACUGGUUUUGGAGUAUUAAACAAUAUUUGUCAAUAUAAGUGUAAAAGUAUGGUGAGAAACAAAUUGAAGAUCAGCUGUGUAUGUUUAAUAAUUCUCCACUUAUUUGCUUACUUAUGGAACAAACUAUAGUCCUCCCCAUUACUCCCCCAAACACACACGCAUGCACACUCAACUAGAUAGAGUAACCAUUGAUGUCUUCCAGUGACAGUGGUUUUGGUAUUUUUGUUUUUCUUCUUGGCUAAAUUGAGCAUGUUAUUGUCAGUAAUUGUCUGUUUAUUUCUUCUGUCAUGGAUGAGGCCAGCAUUUACUGGCCAUCCCUAAACGCCUAGAGGGCUGUUAAGAGUCAGCCACAUUGCUUUGGGUCUGGAGUUAGUCUAGGUAAGGAUGUCAGUUUCCUUCCCUAAAGGGCAUUGUCAGGUUUUUCCUGACAACUGACAAUGUAUUUAUGCUCAACAUUACAUUCUUAAUUCGAGAUUUUUACUGAAUUCAGAUUCCAAUAACUCCUGUGGUGGGAUUCAGACUUGGGUCCUGGGACAUUAUCUGGGAUUAACAGUCCAGUAAUUAAUACCCCUAGGCCGUCCUUCCUCUCUGCUUUCAUUUACAAAGCAGUCAGGAACUAAACUGUUUAUACAACUGAAGUAUGUAAGGGAAAGGAUUGAAAUUGUUCAGAACAACUGGUUCUACGAACAGUUAACAUAGAAAAUAGGAUUGUAGUAGAUUACUCAGCCCUCUGAAUGGCAGAGCUGACAUCCAUAUGAUCAUGGCUGAUCAUCUAACUCAGUCCUGAGUUCCUGAAUCCUUUAGCCCUAAGACCCAGAUCUAACUCUUUCUUGAAAACAUGCAAUGAUUUGGUCUCACCCAGUUUCUGUGGCAGAGAAUCUCACUCUCGGGAUGAAGAAAUUUCUCUUAUCUUAAAUGGCCUACCAGGUAUCCUUAAAUGUGACACCUAGUUCUAGACUUUCCAGUCGUUGGGAAUAUCCUUCCUGUAUUUACCCUGACUAAUCCAUUUAGAGUUUUAUGGGUUUCAAUGAAAUUUCCCAUCAAUCUUCUAAAUUCCAUUGAAUAUAGACUUAACUGAUCCAUUCUAACUCCAUCAGUUCGUCUUGCCAUUCCUAGGAAUCAAUCUGGAAAACCUUUGUUUGCAUUCUGUCCUUAGCCAGAACAUCCACCCUCCGAAAAGGAGACCAGAAUAGCGCUCAGUACUCCAGGUGUGGUCUCACCAUGGCCAUGUACAACUGCUGUACUCAAAUCCUCUUGCUAUUAAGUCCAACAUAUUUUCCUCCUUCACUGCCUGCUGUACCUAUAUAUCAUUGAAUCCCUAUAGUGCAAAAACAGGCCAUUUGGCCCAACAAAUUUACACCGCCCCUCCGAAGAGCAUCCUCUCCAGACCCAUUUCCAUUACGCAUGCCCAUGUCUAACCCACCUAACCUAAACAUCCCUGGACAACUUAGCCUAGCCAAUCCACCUACCCUGCACAGUUUUGGACUCUGGGAAGAAACCGGAGCACCCAGAGGGAACCCAUGCAGACACAGGGAGAAUGUGCAAACUCCACACACAGUCAUCCAAGACUGGAAUUGAACCCGGGCCCCUGGUGCUGUGAGGCAGCAGUGCUAACCACUCAGCCACCCUAAAAGGAGGACCCCUACACCUUGGGGUGGUUGUCCUCGUGAUUGGUGCACAAGGACAGACAGGUCUAGUUUCACCUCCCAUUUUCCCAAUCUAUUGCCAUUCAGAUAAUCUGCCUCUUCUUUCUCUGUCAAAAUGGAUAACUUCAUCUUUGUCUACAUUACACUACAUCUGCCAUACAUUUGCCUACUUGUCUAACUUAUCCAAAUCACACAAAUAUCCUUGUAUUCUCCUCACGGUGCACCCUCCCACUUACCUUUGUACUGUUUGCGGUAGACAUUAUACCUAAAUCAUGAAAAUAUGUUUUAAAUAGCUAGGAUCUGAGUGCUGAUCCCUGCAAUACCCCACCAGUUACUGCCGUUUCUGAAAAAGAUAAUUUAUUCCUACUCUUUAUUUCUGUCUGACAGUCAGUUCUGUCUCCAUAUCGGUGUACUGUCCAAUCCCAUGUGCUGUUUUCUCUCCACUUUUUUUUAAAUAGUGUGGUUACGUUAGCUGCCAUCCAAUCCAAACUGUUCCAGACUCUCUAGAAUCUUGAAAAAUGACCACCGAUGCAGUCACUUUGUUUCUGUGAGAUUUAUCAGCCUUUAAUCCCACCAAUUUCUCCGACACUAUUUCUCUACAAAUACUGUCAUCCUUCAGUUUCUCCCUCUCACUAGAUCCUGUGUUCCCACUGCUUUUGGGAUGUUAUUGGAGUCGUCUUUUUGUGAAGACAGAACCAAAAUAUGCAUCUAAUUGGCUUACCAUGUUUCCUCCCCAUUAUGACUUGCGUCAGAAAUGGGGGAUGUUAAGCUCUGUCAACAAUUAGAUAGGCCAGAAAAAAAGUGCAAUCUAUUUUUAUUGUUCCUUAUUUGGGCCAGCAUUACGAAUAUAAAUUUGCUAUAUAGAAUUAAUUAAAAUGUAGUCCAUAUUUAUUUUAUGUUUGAGUGAGCAUGUUUACUUUCUGUAACUUGUAUACAUUAGACUAACUUUUGAAUUUGAUAAAUUCAAUAACUUUUCAGCUUUAUUGUAAUAUUUUGACUAGAUUGAAGACAUUAAUAAAGGAUGAAAAAUACCUUGCUGUUUUUCCAACAUACAAAUACUAAGCCACCGUGUCUUAUCUUAUUCCAGUUCAAGUAUAAACGAGUGUUUCAUCUCGAACUUACAAAUAAUGUUUUGUUAGUAUGAAAGAGUGUUUGAAGGGAGAGAAACUGAGUUCUGUUCAAGAUAAAUUUAGAUCGUGGUUGUGUGUUCUAGCCAAAUAAAUAUAAAUUUCAUCUUGGACAUUGAAAUUUUACUGGUGACAUUUACUGGAAAAGCAGUCAGGUAGCAUCCAUGGAGAGUAGUUUUUUAAGAAUGUAUUUAUUUCACAUGGGAGAAUGUUCCCAAAAGGCUGAGAAAUGUAAACAGCCAAGAAUGGACAGUAAGUCAUGAGAUAUUAAAAUGGGUGACUAUAACCUUAAUUACAAAAAUAGAAAUUGCUGGCAAAGUUCAGGAGGUCUGGCAGUAUCUGUGGACAGAAAUCAGUGUUAUCAUUUCAGGUUGUGACCCUUCCUCAUAACCUUAGUUAAAACAGUUACAUUAGCCCCUGGUUGAGCAACCCCUCUUUUAAAAAUUUUGAUCACUUUCAAAAAACUUCUGACCAUACCCCUAAUCUCUCCUCCAUCUCAUCCCCUAUUUUAAUUACUAAUUGCACAACUGACAGCUAUUCCUUCAGUUGAUAAAAUCCUACAACUUUGGUUUCUGACAUUCCUUAAAACCUAUUCUUUCAAACUUGCUGGCCCCUUGCAGUUUGCACCAAUUUUCUUUUACAUAGGCUUUUUUUUCCGGUUUUCGGGCUUUAACACUCACAUGAAGUACUUUUGGUGUAUUUAUGUUAAUGUGCUAUUUAAAUGUAAGGUAUUAAAAAGUGAAAUUUGGGAAUCUUAAACUGAUGAAAGUGCAACUGCCAGAUUUGUAGUGAAUGAAAUAAAAGGUGUGCAGAGUCCAGAGUUGGAGGAACACUUCUUGAAGAUUGCAAGGCAGAAAAGAAAUUACAAAUAAGGGGCAGAUAGAGACCAUAGAAGUGCUUAAUUCUCUUCCUUUCCAAAGUACCAGUGAAGAUCAGUGAGUGCAGAACUGAUGGGUGAGCUGGUCCGAUACAGGGAGCAGAAUUUUGGUUGCACUUUAGGAGAAUGGACAGCAUUGGACAAGUCAGGUCUUGUUAGAUAUUUUCAUCAGAAAGACCAAACAUUAGAGAUGAACAUUUAAAAAAAAUUGGAGAAAACAGUAGGAAAAGAAACAAUUGUUUCCCAUUUUAAAUUUAUUUUUGUUUUAUUAUAAAUUCUCGUCCAUAUUUGUAAUCCAGCCUUGUCACAAUGGGCUGUAUUCUCCUGCUUGUGGUCACUGCAACAUCCUUUGAUCAAAGGAUACAGUUAGUGAAAUUUACAUAGGUAGAUUAGUUUCUGAUGUAAGUGUGGAUGUUGGGAAUUUGAGCAAAACAAAUUGACACCCUAUGCAGGCUUUUUAAUUAGCUCUACAGUCUAACAUAGUAUCAUGCCAUAAUGCAAAUACAUGAAUGAGGACUACUGUAGAAUUUGGAAAAAAAAAGACUGGUCCAUUGCAUGUAUUAUUUUUCAUCCUCUAGGCACAAUUUUAUGUAGAAUUUCAGGUAGUUGGCCAAAACUCCAUUCUUAUCUAGAAUUACAGAAUCCCUUGUGGGGAAGCAGGCCAUUCAGCCCACUGAGUCCACACUAACCCUCAGAAAAAGAUCCAUUCCCCUAUCCUACCCCUGUAACCCUGCUAACCAGCCUAGCCUGCACACCCCGAGAUGCGAUGGGAAAUUUAGCAUGCCUCUUCCACUUAAUCUGGACAUCUGUGGGAGGAAACCAGAGUACCCAGAGGAAACCCAUGUAGAUGGGGAGAAUGUUGGUGACGAAUUUGCACAGUCACCCGAGGCUGGAAUUGAACCCAACUCCCCAGUGCUGAUUUAGAUUAGCCUCCACUCAUUUCAUAACUGACAUCCCACAAGCAAUGGUAUUCUGACCAACUAUCAGGAUUAAUCUUUCAGAACCAGUUAGCUAGAAUCCACAUAAGCAGUAAGCUUAAGAUAUUUCUUACCAUUCUUGUCUCUUACAUGGUUAAAGAGUUUUGUUUAAACUUUGGAAUUUUGUGGCUUCAUUGUUUCAGUAAAUAACUUGGUAUACAGGGGUUUUUGU